CCCGUGAAAUUGAGGGUGCGUACUCGUACAUCAUACUAGGAAAGAGUAUCGUAUCAAGUAUCGUACGAUACCCCGGUACAAUGGCCACGUAUGUCCACGUAUGUCUAAGAAAAAUCUCAAAAAUCGAACAAACUAUCGAAAUCGUCAACGCGCUUCCGAGACUGCAGAAUGGAACACCAAGUGCUAGAAGUAAUUCCUACCGGUACAUACUAUCUUCGACGGGAAACGGUAGAGAAUCUAGAAAGAGAGAUGCGAUAGAUAUUGACAGAAAACUAGAAUUCAGCAAAUUGAUCGAGGGACCUAAAGCCUCUUCCCAAGCAACAAUGAAAUACAUCAAAUCUGCUCUGUGUUUGAACCUCAUUCUUACACUUUGGAGUUCAMUAUUUCCCGAAUCUUCGGCAUUUUCAACGUUCUCAAUCUCUCGCCACCUUUCUACAGUUGGAUCUUCGUCGGAUAGAAUUCACAAACGAAGGAAAGCAUGCACAAUUGGAACUCGUUUGCUUGCAGCGCAUAACAAGGAAAAUGAAUCGACAACAACCUUACCAAUAGCAACGAACAAAUCAUCUUUCUUCCCUGUCCCUGAUGAGAAUGAUUGUAAUGUCGUCAACGAGAAAAAUAUAUCUUCCAUCGAAGACAAAGAAAGCGAAAUUCUUGGAUCAAACAAAGGAUACAGCGAUGACGAAAAAGAGGAAAUGGCAAAAACGAUCAUGACAUUGAUAUUCAUAAUUGGCUCUCUUUCUUCUCUCGAUCGAGUUGCAAUGAGUGUUGCUCUCGUACCCAUGUCGGCAGAGAUGGGUAUUUCGGACACAGUGAAAGGCUCAAUUUCGUCCUUUUUCAGUGUAGGAUACGGCUUGGCGAUUUUGCCAGCUGGUUUAGUGCUGUCGAAAUUGUCUCCACGUGCUAUUAUGGCUGCCGGUAUAUGCUUGUGGAGUGCAGGRACGAUCAUUACGCCUUUCUCUGUAGCUACAGGGAACAUGAGUCUUCUUUUGAGUGCCCGAACUCUUGUGGGGGCAUCGGAAUCUGUCGUCAUUCCUGCUGUACAACAACUUCUCUCAAAUUGGAUUGCGCCCGAAAAAAAGAGUUUUGCCGUCGCARUAGUGUAUUGUGGGUUUCAAACUGGCACUAUCAUGGCUUAUUCUUUGAGUCCACAGGUUAUUGAUUAUUUUGAUGAUUGGAGGAGUGUUUUCUACUUAUACGGUGGGGCUGGUCUACUUUUUCUAAUCCCCUGGCUAACCUUAGCUAAGGAUUCCCCAGAUGUUGCCUUUCAAAAUAGAGAAAGUAACGAAGACAGCAAGAAUGUCGUAAUUGAUAGCUCGAACGGAGACCAACCCUCCUUUGCCAAUUCCUUACAGGAAAAUUUCGAKAGCGCCAAAGAGGUGUUUUUGUCCGCACCUUGGAAAGAAUUCAAAGAAUCAAAAGGUGUUUGGGCAAUGUUCAUGGCACACGCUGCAAAUAAUUGGGGAUUAUACAAUAAUCUGUCAUGGACACCAACAUUUUAUUCGGAGCAGUACGGUUUGAAUGUAAAGGAAUCGGCCUUGCUGCUAGUAGUACCAUCYAUAGCCGGUGCAAUUGGAGGCCUCAGUUCCGGGAAGAUCGCAGAUUCUGUCAUCCAGAACCUAGAAACUGUGACCGAUGACGACAUCACGCGCGUUAGAAGAGCAUUUCAGGGUUUGGCUUUGCUAGGUCCUGCAGUUUGUUUGUCAGUUCUGGCCUCCAAUAUACCAGAAGAACCUUGGAUAGCGCAGACAUUAUUCGCCGCAGCGGUAGGGUUGCAAUCUUUUAAUGCUGCUGGUUAUGGUGCAGCCAAUCAAGAGAAGGCGGGAGCUCAAUGGACUGGACUUUUGUACUCGAUAACAAGUCUUCCAAGUGUGAUGGUUGGAACAUUUGGCGUUUAUCUGACAGGUAAAAUCCUGGAUGCUACAAAUCAGAAUUGGAGCUACGUUUUUGGUUUGAAUGCCUUUGUUUACAUGCUUGGGGGGCUCGCCUUCGCCACGCUGUAUGAUUCUCGAAAAGAAUUCGAUUGAUCAGUUCAAAUGUCAAACUAUUCAAUACUCGAUCUUAAAACUUAAUUUUACAAAUUUCGGUUUCGAGCAUUAUUCUAUGUUUCAGUGAAACUAAGCCGACCGUCUCCUUCGAUGAUAACCUAGUUUUCGGCGUGGUGAAGAAGUAGGACCUUUAUCAUUAUCGUCCGAAUUUUCAGCAUCCUGCAAGAUUUCUGAGCAUCCCGAUACACCAACACGAACAAUCUCUUCUCCGCGAACAAUCCUUCCACUCGUUAUUCGAAAUCUUUGCAAGAAGGUUGCUGUCAGUGUAGCCCAAGUAUCUCCGCCAUCUCCCUGUGGAUCGUUUGUACACACGUUGUAAUCUGUAGAUGCAUGAGCAGAAAUUCUCAGUCGAGAAAAUUUCUUCGCAGAAAGUCGUACCAAACGGUCGUCUAUGUCGCACGAAUCCAGCCCAAGUGUCGUCAAAUGAUUUUUCAUGGCUUGUUCGAUCAAUUGACGGCCAUCGAUAGAGGGGCUAUUCUUGGAAUCUCUAAGGUUCCGCUUGAUGAAUAUACCCUUGUUUGAUGAGGAUUUUGCUGCAUAUUCAAGGGCAUGCGUCCAGCUAAUUGCCUUAUCAAUACUAUUGAAGUAAAGAUACCGUUCCUGAAAGCUCCCUUUAGGGUCAAUAGAUACAACAUAAUAGC